GUUUGUUUUUUAUAUUUCCUCGCUGUCCUCUAGAUGCCAGCAAAGCAUUUUGAGUGAAAUAUUUCAUAGUGGAUUUUCCCCGCGCUAGAUGGAUUUUAAGGACUGAACAGAAAUUUGGCAACUUGUGAAGUCUGGAAAAGUGGCAACAACCAGGACACUUUGAAACACUGUCUUUAAGCUCAGGUCAUCUUUUGCAAACAUAAUGUCUGUUACUCCAAUGUGCUAUGAGGCACAAUUUUUUGAGUUUACCCCACAGACCUGUAUACUUAGGCUGUAUAUUACUUUUCAAGACUACUUGUUUGAAAUGCUCCUGGUUGUGGAAAGAGUCAUCAUGAAAAAACUGGAAAGCAUUCCAGGCCAUAGGAUAAGCAAGUUCCAGAUUCGAGAGAGCACCGAAAAAUAUCUCCACUACGUAAACGAACGAUUCAAUCACCUCUUCCAGAAAAUGGAAAAAUGCCUUUUAAAGCUUGUACUACGUAUACCCAGGAAUAUUGUCCUACCGGAAGACAAGGUUCAAGUACAAUACUCUUACAGUGCAGAAAAAUUUCAGCUUCUGCAGAGUGAGACAGAGACAUUACAGAAGCAGUACAAGGCUGAGAAGAUGGCCACCCAGUCACUUUUAGCAGAGUUGGAGGAGCAGAAGGUAGUGCAGGCUGAGCUGGAAAAAGUACUUGCUUGGUUUGAUGGGCUUGACAAAAUUUGCAGAGAGCAUGGAAAUAUAGAUUUAAAAGAGAGCUUUGCUUUUAUGACUCAAGCCUCCUUGAAAAUUCAAGGGAAAAUAAAAGAAAUUGACUUAAAAAAUAAAAAAAUCAAGGGUAAUGAAUCUUUUAUCCCAAUAAAUUUUCAAACAAGGAAGAAACUAUGAGAAACACAUGCAUUUCAAAGCUGUAUAUUGUAAAUUUGUAUAUUUUUAAAGGUUAUUGUAAUUAAAGAUAUUCACAUUUUUAAGUGUUUUUUUUAAUGUACCUAUGUAAAUUAACUUGAUUAGUUGAAGAAAAGGCCAGAAUAAUAAAGUGUGUAAUAAUGGCCAAAGCGUGGGAUGAAUGCUUCCUUACAGAAGGAAAAUGUAUUGCUUACAGUAUUUCUCUCUUGCAUCUGCUCAGUAAUCUAAACCAAGUGGAGUGUCCACAAUCUGAGUAAAAUUGCAUUGUAAUGGUGAA